CCAUGAACCCCAGGGAGAACCAGUGGCCGACCCCAAGAAGAUAACCGACCGCCCCCUUAAUCCUCCAUCUUUAUCGCUAAAAAAAAGAAAACGCACACUCAACAGAAACAGAGGGACGUGAAUAGAAGAAAAGGAGAGGGAACGAGAGUGAUAGAGGGGAGGAAGUCAUACACGAACAGAACGGAUUGGGGGAAGUUGAAAUUAAGACAAACUAUGGCUGCUAGUUAAGGGAUAUAGGGGUUAGAGAAAGAUACAAUAUAUUUAUUUGGGUCGAAGCAAAAUAAAUGGAAGAUAAGAACACCAAUUGCUGCUGCUGUAGUUGAAAAUUCAUACUCUUUGAGUUGCAGUCACAUGUUCACGAAUACCCAAAGGCAAGAAGAACGCACUGGAAAAUAUGGAACUCCGAGGGUGGAAUACCUUCAGGAAUUGGUAACUCAAUUUCAGAAUGCAUCUUCUGAAGAGACAAAAGAGAAGAUUGCUGCUAAUUUGGCAAACUUUGCAUAUGAUCCUUACAACUAUACCUUUUUGCGCCAGCUUAAUGUUAUAGAACUUUUUCUCGACUGUUUAACUGAGCCUAGUGAGAGGCUUGUGGAGUUUGGGAUUGGAGGAAUCUGCAAUGCUUGUGCUGAUCCAGCAAAUGCUGCUCUUGUUACUCAAAAUGAUGGUAUUCCUCUCGUCAUCCAGUGUUUAUCAAGUCCUGUUAGGAACACGGUAAAUUAUGCUGUAGGAGCUCUGUAUUAUCUUUGCAAUGCAUCAAACAAGGAAGAGAUCUUAAAGCCAGAAGUAAUUGAUGCCAUCAAAAGUUAUGCAGCUGCUGGUGGAGUUAGUACAAGCUUCAGCAAUUUGGCUCAGUCUUUCUUAGAUAAACAUGUCUAGUACUUGUAUCCGGUGGAAUACUCGAGUGUUUUGCGCGAGCUGGCCCGCACACCAUCCGGGAAAGAAAAAGGAAGUCCUAUUUAUAUCAUCAAAUUCCAAAACCACCUUUGUUUGUUCCUCGACUCUUGAGUGGUUUCCUUUCUUGCAAUAUAACAAUUUACUAAGUAUAUAUGAAAAACUUAUGGAUAGUAAGUUGACGUAA